CGACUUAACUCGAUAUGAGUUAAGUCAUGUUAUGGAAAUGAAUAGAUUAACCAUUUCACUAAUAUCUACAUCGAAAGAAAGAUAACUCCUCAAUAUGAGGUUCUCGUAACUUUUCGCACGGCCCCUUUUGGGGUCCUUAUAUUACGCAUGCGCAGUAGUGUAUCGACCUUUCUCAGCUUCAACCUGGAAAAAAUUCAAUCAUUGUUCAUCACGACUGACUUAAUCGCUCGAUUAAUCAUCGUUGGAUAGUAAUCGGGUAAUCUUGUGUAAUUCAAUCAAUUGUCCAAGUUGCGAAAAUGUUGAGGUCUAAAAGAAAGAGCAAGUCACCGUACGCCAGGCCAAAUGCUCAUCCGGCUCUCAGGGCCCUUAAUCCGGCAACCACAGCCACCCAAACCCAAGCAGGCCCGAGCAGGCCCACGCAGGCAGCGGUCCAGUUUGUGUCCACUCAACCUCAAAAUCAAGAGCAUCAGCUACCAGUCGAUGAUCCCACAACCAGUGAGCAGACUGCAGUACCGCUACCUUCCAUAGCGCCAUCAAUCCCUCUGUCAACUUCAGUGGGAAAGAUUCAGAUCCCUGGCUCCGCAGGCAGACAAGACUCCAGCCCGUUUACCUCCGGAAUUGUUGUCCCUCUUAGACCCCAUGUAGAAUGUUUACUUGAGGCAGCAAUAUCCAAAAAUACUGCGUCCACGUAUCAAAAAGGCAUAAAUUCCUUUGAAACUUUUUGUACCAAACACAAUUUUAUCUUUUGUUGGCCUCCACCACUGGACCACAUAAUCAACUACAUCGCAUACCUGCAUGCAAAUAAAGUGUCCUAUUCAACAACGAGAUGUUAUUUGAGCGGUAUUAGUUACAAGCUUCAGUUAGAGGGUCAAAUUGACAACACUAAAACUUUUAUAGUUAAGAAAAUGUUAGAAGGUUUCCGUCGGUUAAAUCCAGCGAAGGAUGUACGGUCCCCAAUUUCCCUAUCUUGUCUCAAUAAAUUAGUUUCUAUACUACCUACGGUGUGCACAAGCUUGUAUGAAGCUGUUAUGUUUUCAGCAGCCUUUCAUUUAGCAUUUUUUGCAUUAUUGCGCAUUAGCGAAUUUACUUUCACUAGUAAUGACGCACCAGCCUUAUUAUUUCACGACGUGACCAUUAAUGAAACACACAUUGGUCUGUAUAUUAAAGGUUCAAAAACAGACCAAUACAAUAGGGGUACUAAGCUACAGAUUGAAAUAAAUUCUCAAACCCAGUCUUUAUUCAAGCACAUGCGUGAAUUUUUGGCAGUUAGACCACAAAUACAAGGCCUAUUUUUCUGUCAUUUCAACCACAAACCUCUUACUAAAUAUCAAUUCACAUCCGUACUACAUAAGUCUGUCAAAUUUAUUGGCCUUGACACAACAACUUUCAAAUCCCACUCAUUUAGAAUAGGUGGAGCUACACAUUUGUACUUGCAAGGGCAUUCGGAGGAGGACAUUAAGUCAAAAGGCAGAUGGAAAUCUAACGCGUUUUGUUCAUAUAUCAGAUUGUAAAGCAUAAUUUCAUGUGUGUUCAUAACAGCCUCGUAUUAUUAUUCAAUACUAAGUUUUCAGGUCCCAACACCACGGUCUGGAUCAUUGGUUCGUCAAUUAUCAAACAUGCAUCCCAUCACGCUGUCCAACAAUUUGGAAACUUACACCUAGACCUUCAGAAACAUAAUAUCACAGUAUAUUGGCAUGGAAAGAGUGGUAUGGUCUGGGAGGAUGUAGAGCCCACAAUUACAAAUAUCAUUGAACAAAGAGGCCACCCAGAUUGGGUAAUGUUACAUUGUGGGGGCAAUAGUAUUGGGACCAUGCCCUUGCUAAGACUGCAAAAAUUCAUGAAAUUAACCGUUGUUAACCUACAAACAAUUCUGCCGAAUACAAGAUUCAUAUGGUCCCAGAUACUCCCACGAAAUUACUACAGACAUAUGUUAUCAAAUAUUGCCGGUGAGACCGCUCGAAAAAGAAUUAACAAAUCAUUAGCCCCAUUUAUUGUCAAGCGUAAGGGCGCCUGCUUAAAGUACCCUGAUCUACAACAAUGUUCACCAAAAUAUUACCGUGAUGGUGUACAUUUGUCUGAUACUGCUCAGAAUACAUUUUUGAAAACCAUACGUGCUGGCCUCCUAAACAUACUACAUAAUAAUGUUAAAGUUUAUGCUAAAUCCCACGCCGAGUAAUUCCGCAGUCUUAUUGUCAUGGCAUUGUGCAAAAUUUUGACCGCUUGUGGCAGAUGUCUUCAUGCAUCAUAUCAUAGUUUUUAUAUACAUGAAGACAUAUGGCCGAAUUUUGCUUAAGCCUGCCCCGGAUUCUGUUUACUUCCAGGUCCGUGGCCAAUAAUCGGGCUUACUUUAAUUGACACUUUGUUUCAUUCAGACAUUGAUUGACAGUGAGUCAUUGAAUACACUUAGUAAUUGAAUAAUUCUAUUGAUACAUUGCAGUGGGUUGAUUGUCAUCAUUGAAUACAUUGAGUAAUCAAUUAAAUUGAUACAUUGAUUGUCAUAUUGAGACAUUCACUAAAGCAAAACAUUGAUUAUACUUUAUUGAUUUGCAUAUUGAUUGAUUGAUUGAAAUAUUGUUUGAAUUAUUGAUUGAUUGAUUUUAUUGAUUGAUUCAUCUUGAUUGAUUGAUUGUUUGGUUCAUUGAAGAUCUAACAUCAUAACUACCCAAAAGUCGAUGUUGAUCAUUUAACUUACUCUAUUGCUAUAUUUGCAAUAUUUUGCAUACAUUUGAAUAGUUUAUGAUGUACUGAUAUAUUAAAAUAAAGCCAUGACAUAGACUGCCAA